CCUGUGGUAGUUGCGGUAUUAUUUCUUCAUAUAUUGAUGUGCUCGUUGAUAUUUGAUUCUACUUUGUAGUACUUUACAGUCGGAUAAACAAUUGUGCAGUGGGAAAGAGGAACACAGUAGGUCUUAAUUUUAUACUGCGGGAAAAUGGAUAUCCUGAAGUUAACCUCAUAUUUACAGCCACUUCUUCUGAUGAGCUUCAUACAGGAAGCUACAGGGGAAAAUAUCUCCAGCAGUUAUCCAGAAUCUUUUCAUACUCGUCAGAGUUCUUCAGGCAACAGAUUGAGGAAAACAUCCUACACUUAUAACAUCCUGUCAACAUCCGGGAACCAAACGGCCUAUACUAUAAAUGGAUUCAUCCCUUUAACUGCUGUAAGGUUUAAUAUUGAACUGUGUCCGGAAUCCGAUUGUUUCCCAGUCAUUGCUUUUCAAUUCAACGUCCGUCUGAAUACAAAUCUUGUGGUAAGGAAUCAUAAGACUAAUGGUAAAUGGGCCAGUGAAGAAACAUAUGGAGGUAUGCCCUUCAGAAGAAAUGCCAAUUUCAAAGUAACAAUUAAAAUUACUGAAAGAUGCUAUGAGGUGUAUGUUAACGGUGUUUAUUUCUGCAUGUAUCUGUAUGCAAUCCAACCCGAAAAUGUUAAUUUCAUCAAAGUUCAUGGUGAUGUUCAACUAAAAAGAAUAGCUGCUGGUGUUGAAAGUACAAGAUUAUAUAUACGCAGAAACAUUGCAGUUGGUGAUAGAGUGCGAUCUGAACUUUCACCGAGAGCGACAGCAGUUACGUUCAUUGAAUUAGGUAAUCACCAAAAGGGUAUAGCGGGAAUACACGGAAAAAGACAAGAAAACUUUACAUUUCUCUGUAAUCGCUGUGAUGAAAUUCCGCUUGAUCUGUUCAAUGGAAAUCAAGAAAAGUUUAUUAUUGAAAUGGAAUUUUUAUCUGAUGCAGUAAUAAAGAUUUAUAAUGAUAAAACGUACCUUAAAACGGUCGCAUUGGAAUUGAAAAACGAAAUAGAAGAAACCGCUUUUUUUAGAAUCAAUUCUAUCAACCAUAUAGAGUGCUAUCGUAUUCCAUAACCAUCCAUGCAUCCAUCCAUUCAUCCAUGCACGCAUGCAUUCAAGGAUAUAUGCACUUAUCCA